GCUAAACAUUUCGCUUGCCAUAUGAUAGGCAGGUCGAGGGUGUGACGGCUGCGAAAUGUGAAUAUCCUUAUUAUGAGAUCAAGAGAAUUAACAUUUUUGUUUCCAGCGUUAUGUUGGUCUUGGCGGGGGUGACUCCGCUCGUGAUCCUGUGCAGCGUGGUCACCAGAGCGGGGGCGGCGGGCCUAAGCGUGGGUGAGGUGAUGCAUCCAGGUGGCGGGUGGGAGGAGCACGUUGCACACGCGGCAAGUCAGGUGGUGCAGGUCUACCUGGCUGAGUGUCACCUGGUGCUAGCCGCCCCCAGCCCCUCGCGUGCCCUGCCUCACCUCAUCAGGCGUCUCUCUGAGGUGGGCGAACUGGCAGUGUUCCUGCAGCCUUGCGGAGGCGCCAAGGUGUUCCACGGAACCACCAAAAAUAAAGUCGUUCUAGGGAAUGAUGGAGUGCCGUACUUUUGGCGAGAGGUGUGGGGCUCCAGCAAGGCCACGUGCCGCGCCUUCCUGCUUGACUACACCGCCUGCGGCACCGACACGGCCGCCAGGUGAGACAUUAAUAUUUGCCGCAUAAUCAUCAUCAAGUAAAAAUCAUAAUAUAGUGCAUUCUGCUUUGCCUUACUACAGCAAGGUUUUCACUACACUGUUUCAUACAAAAGAUAUGCAAUUCACUGCAGGCUGUUGUCGUGGUCUGGGCUGUGGCUGCAGCCUGACACUCGCGUGAUCAUGCUUGGAGGCAGGGAGGACGCUGACGAGCUGUUCCGUCACGUAGCACUUCGCAACAGUCCUGACGUUCUCUUCAUCACACAUGGCCUUUUUACGCCACACAAAGCACCGGAAACGAAAGCAAACUUAAAUAGUAAAUCUAAUUCUUCUUCAGUGCAUUAUA